AAACGACCAUAAACCAAGGUAAACUCGUCAUGACGCACCGUUUUCUAUCCACAUACUUUAUACGCUGUCGUUUCAAUACCAUAUUUAAAAAAUCCACCAAAAAUAACACAAACUUCUAAUACAGAAAAACGUAGAAGACUCUAGAGCCAGGAUGCCAGUAGUAGUGUGCUAUAAAAUUCAUCCCCUGUUUUUUCUCUCGUCAUCUUCAGUCAUUACAAUUCUCCUUUCAAAGCAAUCUACGCAAAUUCCAACUCCUUCAACACAAAUUCGCUUUCUCCUUUUCUUCAAAUCGCUAAUUUACUAGUGUUUUUCUUGAGGUGCAUCAAUGGCGGAUGUAAAUAUGGGCGAAACUGAGACAUUUGCGUUUCAGGCUGAAAUUAAUCAACUUCUUAGUCUAAUCAUCAACACUUUCUACUCCAACAAAGAAAUUUUUCUUCGAGAACUCAUUUCAAAUGCCUCUGAUGCGUUGGACAAGAUUAGAUUUGAGAGUUUGACGGAUAAGAGUAAGCUGGAUGCUCAACCGGAAUUGUUUAUAAGACUUGUUCCUGAUAAGGCGAACAAGACGCUGUCGAUUAUUGACAGUGGUAUUGGUAUGACCAAAGCAGACUUGGUGAACAACUUGGGUACAAUUGCCCGAUCUGGGACCAAGGAAUUCAUGGAGGCAUUGCAGGCUGGUGCAGAUGUUAGCAUGAUCGGGCAAUUUGGUGUUGGUUUCUAUUCAGCUUACUUGGUUGCUGAAAAGGUUAUUGUGACUACCAAGCACAAUGAUGAUGAACAGUAUGUUUGGGAGUCUCAAGCUGGUGGUUCCUUCACUGUCACUAGGGAUACUAGCGGUGAGCAGCUUGGAAGGGGUACUAAAAUCACUCUCUUCCUCAAGGAAGAUCAGUUGGAAUAUUUGGAAGAGAGAAGAAUCAAGGAUCUCGUAAAGAAACACUCUGAAUUCAUCAGCUACCCAAUUUACCUGUGGACGGAAAAGACCACUGAGAAAGAGAUCAGUGAUGAUGAGGAUGAUGAACCAAAGAAGGAAGAAGAGGGUGAUGUUGAGGAUCUUGAUGAGGACAAGGAAAAAGAUAAGAAAAAGAAGAAAAAGAUUAAGGAGGUGUCUCAUGAAUGGCAGCUCAUUAACAAGCAGAAACCCAUUUGGCUGCGGAAACCUGAGGAAAUUACUAAAGAAGAAUAUGCUUCCUUCUACAAGAGCUUGACUAACGACUGGGAAGAUCACCUUGCUGUCAAACACUUCUCUGUUGAGGGACAGCUUGAGUUUAAGGCUAUCCUCUUUGUUCCAAAGAGGGCUCCGUUUGAUCUGUUCGAUACUCGUAAGAAGCCUAACAACAUCAAGCUGUAUGUCAGGAGAGUGUUUAUCAUGGACAACUGUGAGGAGCUCAUCCCUGAGUACCUCAGCUUUGUCAAGGGUGUUGUUGAUUCUGAUGAUCUCCCACUCAACAUCUCCCGUGAGAUGCUGCAGCAAAACAAGAUUCUUAAGGUGAUCAGAAAGAACCUGGUGAAGAAGUGCAUCGAGAUGUUCAAUGAAAUUGCAGAGAACAAGGAUGAUUACAACAAAUUCUAUGAAGCCUUUUCCAAGAACAUCAAGUUAGGUAUCCAUGAAGACAGUCAAAACCGGGCUAAAUUGGCAGAUCUUCUUCGGUACCACUCAACUAAAAGCGGUGAUGAGUUGACAAGCCUCAAAGACUAUGUCACCAGGAUGAAGGAAGGACAGAAGGACAUUUUCUAUAUCACUGGUGAAAGCAAGAAGGCAGUUGAAAACUCUCCAUUCUUGGAAAGGCUCAAGAAGAAGGGUUAUGAAGUUCUCUUCAUGGUUGAUGCUAUUGAUGAGUAUGCAGUUGGUCAGCUAAAGGAAUACGAGGGCAAGAAACUUGUUUCUGCUACAAAGGAAGGCUUAAAGCUUGAUGACGAAACUGAAGAAGAAAAACAAAAGAAAGAAGAGAAGAAGAAGUCAUUUGAGAACCUUUGCAAGGUGAUCAAGGACAUUUUGGGUGACAAAGUUGAGAAGGUUGUAGUUUCCGACAGAAUAGUGGAUUCUCCUUGCUGUUUGGUAACCGGAGAAUAUGGAUGGUCAGCAAACAUGGAAAGAAUCAUGAAAGCUCAGGCAUUGAGGGACAGCAGCAUGGGGGCUUACAUGUCUAGCAAGAAGACCAUGGAAAUCAAUCCUGACAAUGGAAUCAUGGAGGAACUUAGAAAGAGAGCCGAGGCUGAUAAGAACGACAAGUCAGUUAAAGAUCUUGUGUUGCUAUUGUUCGAGACUGCACUGCUAACAUCAGGCUUCAGUCUCGAGGACCCAAACACCUUCGCUACUAGAAUUCACAGGAUGUUGAAACUCGGGUUGAGCAUCGAUGAGGAAGACGCAGGUGAGGAUGCUGAUAUGCCAGCUCUCGAAGAAGAUGCUGCAGAGGAGAGUAAGAUGGAGGAAGUUGAUUAAGGUUAAACAGGAACAAGUAAUUUUUUUGUACCAUUGUUGAUAAUCCGAAUAUUACUGAGGUCAGAUAAGGAAAACUAUGUUUACUUGAG